AUGUUCAGGAGACAUAAACCCAGCACUCUUGAGCAUAAGAAAGAUCUUGCUAUCCAGGGAUCAGCAUUGCCUACACCUUAUAAUGGCAUGAGAAGUUUUUUCAACUUAUCCCAACUUGUACUUUCUGCUGGCCACCUAAGACCACUGCCAGUUCUUAGACAUUCAAAAAUCACUUAUGUUGAAGUGGAGAUUCUUGAUGCCCACAGCAAAAAGCAGAUCUGUGUAGUGGAUAAGAUGCCACCAUCAUCAACACUUCUUGAUGUAAAACAUAAGUUUCACAAAAUAUGUCCACAAUGGUACCCAUCUCGCAUAGGUCUGCGACUAGAACCUAAUGGGCCCUAUUUAAAAGAUUCUGUUAAUAUAAAGAGUCUUGCAGCAUCUUCUAUUAUUACACUGUAUUUCACAGACAUGGGACAGCAAGUGAGCUGGAUAACAGUUUUCCUAACUGAAUAUACAGGUCCUCUUCUAAUCUAUCUGUUGUUUUAUUUUCGCUUCUCAACUAUUUAUGAUGCAAAAGAAAGUGCAAGAUGUUUACGCCAUCCUGUAGUUCAUUUGGCCUGCAUCUGUCACUGUUUACAUUAUAUCAGGCUUCUUCUGGAAACUCUCUUUGUGCACAAGAUUUCAGAAGGACAUACACCACUGAAAAAUAUGAUCAAGGGCUGUGUUUUUUACUGGGGAUUUACUUCUUGGUUUUCUUACUACAUCAACCACCCCCAGUAUACUCCUCCAUCAUUUGGAAACAAGCAAGUUUCUUUGGCUACCGUUGGAUUUCUGGUAUGUGAAGCUGGAAACCAUUUUAUCAAUGUGGCUUUGGUUCAUCAAAAUCAGUCAGUUCCUGAUCUUCUUGAAUCUAUUUAA